AAAGGCUUUUUGUGCGUGUAGCCAACAGAUGGCACCAUUGUAUAGGAAUACUUUAAGUCCCAACAUAAUGUAAUUCUCAGGAUGUUGAAUAGGUCUAGUAUAUGUAUGCGUUCAAAUUUAGCAAAUACCUACAUGGAUGAAAUGUUUCGCUUCCGAAUUACUAAUUAAAUACGAUAACUGAUGCAACUAAUAAAAAGUACAAAAAAAAAAACUCAUCUAACGCUCGAGGUAAACAGGAAAGAGAAACUGAAAGUUAACUCAGACAGCCAUUUUAAAGAUGCAGCAGAAAGAAGACAGUGAAAAGAAGAAUUAAAUUGAAUAAACCAACGGAGUGAACAGCCUGAUGCGGAGUGGAAUUGUGGUUGGCGGAUUUGACUCACCACCUGUGGUUGAAUCUGAUCUGAAGUGUCCCGGUGUCCUGAGAUAGGCAGCGCUGUUUCUAAAAUGAGUUCCUCAAAGAGGAAAGAGACCGACGAUGAAACCCACAGCCCUGCCAGAAAGAGCCGUUUCGACGAGGAGAGUUCAGAGAAAUGGUCUUUCUUAAAACAGUCUCUCCUGCGCACUCUGAUGAAGCUGAAGAAGGAUGAGAAGUUGAAACUGUUUCAGAGCCAUCUGAGUCAAGAUUGCCCGGAAUGCUUUAAUAGUCUUCCUGAAGAUCCUUCUGUACUGGAUAAGUUUAUGAAGAUGAAGGAAUUGUUCAAGAGUCAUCAAAUUGCUGAUUACCCAGUAUGCACUGAGAGAGAGCAGGAGGAUCCUGAGGCCCUGUACAUAGUUGAGAAGAUGUUGGAGACCUGUGGCAGUGAGGGGUCUCUGAAGAUCACACUCCACAUCCUGAGGAACAUGAAGCAGAAGGAUCUUGCCGACUCACUGGAGAGAGAUAAGCAGCACAAUGAAUCCAUAAAUGCCCAGCAGGCACUGAAAACUGCUCUGAAGAAGAGGUUUGAAUGCGUAUCUGAAGCUUUAGCAAAGCAGAACCACCGAACCCUCCUCAAUGAGAUCUAUACAGAGCUCCACAUCACAGAGGGGGGAAGUGGAGGAGUCUAUAAUGAACAUGAGGUCAGACAGACUGCAUCCAAGAGACAAACCACACAAGAGACUGCAAUCCUCUGCAAUGACAUCUUUAAGCCUUUACCUGGACAAGAGAAACCCAUCAGAACUGUGCUUACAAAGGGCAUUGCUGGUAUUGGAAAAACUGUCUCUGUGCAGAAGUUCAUUCUGGACUGGGCAGAAGGAAAAGCCAAUCAGGAUGUUGAUUUCAUCUUUACUCUUCCUUUCCGAGAUCUGAAUCUGAAAAAGGACAGAGAAUUCAGUCUGAUGCAACUUCUGCAGCACUACUUUCCACAACUGAAAGAGAUCAAAAGUGUUGAAGGUGAUGAAGUCAAAGUUGUGUUUAUCUUUGAUGGUCUGGAUGAGUGUCGACUUCCUCUGGAUUUCCAAAGCAAUAAGCUCUGCUGUGAUAUAACAGAGUCAUCACCAGUGGAUGUGCUGCUGACCAACCUCAUUCUGGGGAAUCUGCUUCCCUCUGCUCUCCUCUGGAUUACCUCCCGACCAGCAGCAGCCAAUCAGAUCCCUCCUGAGUGCGUCCACCAGGUGACAGAGAUACGAGGAUUCAAUGACCCACAGAAGGAGGAAUACUUCAGGAAGAAAAUCAGAGAUGGGAACCAGGCCAGCAGAAUUAUCUCACACAUAAAGUCAUCCAGGAGUCUCUACAUCAUGUAUCACAUACCUGUCUUCUGCUGGAUUUCUGCUGUUGUUCUGGAGACAAUGUUGGGUGAAACAGAGAGUGGAGAUCUGCCUAGAACUCUGACUGAAAUGUACACACACUUCCUGCUCAUUCAGACUAAUGUGAAGAUUCAGAAGUAUCAUAGUGCCAAUGAGAUGAACCCAAAGAAAGUGUCAGAGUCAGAUAGAGAAAUCAUCCUGAAGCUGGGGCAGCUGGCUUUUCUACAGCUGAAAAAGGGCAAUCUGAUAUUCUAUGAAGAGAACCUGAGAGAGAGUGGCAUUGAUGUCAGUGAAGCUUCAGUGUACUCUGGGGUGUGCACAGAGAUCUUGAAAGAGGAGUGUGGGUUGGAUCAGGAGAAGGUCUACUGCUUUGUGCAUCUGAGCAUUCAGGAGUAUCUGGCUGCCUUGUUUGUGUUUUAUUCAUAUGUAAAUGGGAACAGAAAUGUACUCAGAGCAGGAGAGUCAGAACCUCACAGCGACAGAGUGCAGCUGUCUGAGUUACUCAGAAUAUAUAAGACUGCUGUGGAUCAGGCUUUAGAAAGUGAGAAUGGACACCUGGACCUUUUCCUCAGAUUCCUUCUCGGCUUCUCUCUGGACUCCAUUCAGACGCUCUUAGGACCACUACUGACACAGACAAGAAGAAGAUCACCUGUACCACAUGCAUUAUACCUGUGGACAGGAAGCAGGUCAAAGAGCACUGAGAAAACAGUCCAGUACAUUAAGGAGAGGAUCAGAGAGGAAUCUUCAGCAGAGAGGAUCAUCAAUCUGUUACACUGUCUCUAUGAACCGAAUGACAACUCUCUAGUGGAGGAAAUCCAGAAUUCCCUGAGAUCAGGAAAACUUUCUGAUAAAGAGCUGGAACCAGACCAAUGCUCAGCUCUGGCCUUUGUGUUACUAACGUCAGAGGAGGUCCUGGAUGAGUUUGACUUGAAGACCUACAACACAUCAGCUGUAGGUUAUCAAAGACUGGUACUAGUAGUCAGCAACUGCAGGAAGGCCAUACUGAGUGGCUGUGACCUCACAGAGAAGUCCUGUGCAAUUGUGGCCUCAGCUCUCCAGUCAUCAAACUCUCCCCUGAGAGAUCUGGACCUCAGCUACAAUAACCUGGGAGAUUCAGGAGUGAAGCUGCUCUGUGCUGCACUGAGGAGUCCAAACUGUAAACUACAGACGCUGGGACUGAGUGGCUGUGACCUCACAGAGAAGUCCUGUGAAAUUGUGGCCUCAGCUCUCCAGUCAUCAAACUCACCCCUGAGAGAUCUGGACCUCAGCUACAACUACCUGGGAGAUUCAGGAGUGGAGCUGCUCUGUGCUGGACUGAUGAGUCCAAACUGUAAUCUACAGAGACUGGGGCUGGGUUGGUGUAAUCUCACAGAGGGCUGCUGUGAUGUUCUGGCCUCAGUCCUGCGUUCCCCUCACUCAGUGCUGAGAGAUCUGGAGCUCAGAGGCAAUGAACUGCAGGAUUCAGGAGUGAGAGCGCUCUCUGCUGGCUUGGAGGACCCACACUGUAAACUGCAGAGACUUGGGCUGUCAGGCUGUAGAGUCACACAGAGAGGCUGUGAUUCUCUGGCUUCAGCUCUGAGUUCAAACCCUUCACACCUGAGAGAGCUGGACCUGAGAUACAAUCACCCAGAAGACUCAGGAGUGAGAGCGCUGUCUGCUGCUAAACUGGACACACUCAAACUGCUUGUGGACCAUGGGGGAGAGAUGAGGACCAAACCAGGACCCAGGAAAUAUGGCUGUCAGCUCACACUGGAUCCAAACACAGCGCACAGACAGUUGUCUCUGUCUGAGGGGAACAGGAAGGUGACACACACAUGGACAGAGGAACCAUAUCCUGCUCAUCCAAAGAGAUUUGAGCACCGGCCCCAGGUUGUGUGCAGAGAGAGUGUGAGUGAAUGCUGUUACUGGGAGGCUGAGUGGAGUGCGUCUGAGAGAGGAUGGGUUUGUAUAGCAGUGACAUAUGAAGGAAUCAGCAGGAAAGGAGGGGAAACUCACUGUGCGUUUGGAUGGAAUAAAAACUCCUGGAGCCUGGAGUGUGAUAAACACAGGUACUCUGUCAGGCACAAUGAGAAAAAAACAGACAUACCUGCCCCCCCCUCUCCCUAUCGCAGAGCAGGAGUGUGUGUGGACCGUCCGGCCGGCACUCUGUCCUUCUACAGCGUCUCUGACUCUGACACACUGACCCUCCUGCACAGAUUCUGCACACACUUCACUCAACACACACCCCUCUGUGCUGGAUUUUAUGUGUAUGACUCGUCGUCAGUGUCCCUCUGCCGACUGGAGUAGAGACGCACACUUACUCUCACACUUACACACACUCGUACACACACUUGUCACACACAUACGCACACAGACAUGCACACACACACACACACACACACACACACACACACUUGUGCUGGAAACAUACUUGAAUAAUCUUGUGCUACAUGCAGGUGAAGUGGCUGUGUCCCGGGCAACAUUGUUCACGUGCCCGUCUGCUUCCUUUCUGUCUGACUGGAGGUUUAAAAGGUAUAUCCACUAGGGGGCAGAUCAUGGCUUCCCUUCAGGUGAUCCCACCAUCCUUCCUGGCUUCCUGCCGUCAGUCACGUCACUAGGCGUAAAAUGAAUACUGCCCCCGUGAUUUACGCGGGUAUUGCACCUUGCAGACACGUAGCGUUCAUUUUUGAGGACGUGCACAAAGGACGCUCUGAAUGACCGCAGGAUACGCAUGACAGCCAUUUUGUGUACGCGGCCACGUGAUUUAAAUCAAGUGUGUUUCCAGCCUUACUCUCACACACGCACGCACUCUCAUACACACACGCACGCCCAUACAUCCUCAUGCACGCACACACACGCAUAUGCAACCACACGCACACAUACAGACAUGCAUACGCACAUGCGCGCAC